GAAGCUGAGUGGAUAUCCAAUUUAUUUGAAUUUGAAUUAAUUUACUCUCAAACACUGGAACGUUCCAAAUUUAAAACAUUCGAAAUUGAAGAUACAAUUUCGUCGAAUUCGAAUUUGAAGUUAAAAAAAAUAUUUGAAAAAUGGCUAAAACUAUGGUAAUUGGCAUCAUUUGCCUGUUCCUCGUCGUUUCGUUUGUCGAUAUUGAGAGCGUCUGGAAAUGCUCGAAAGAAAGUCGGAUUUUUAAAAAGUUACAUCAGAUUAUGACUUCUAAGCAAGUCUUGAAAGUCAUAGAAACAAUUAGCAUCGCGUGCAAUUCUUGUAUGAAAUUUAUUAAAGAAAAAAUCGAAUUUCUGUUUCCCAGAAUUAUCUGCAGUUCUGGGGGCAUUGCAGUAAAAAAACCCGACUGGAUGGCAGAGGAACCUUGGUAUAAAAGAAUAUACCGCCGAUUUAAGAACAGAAAAAUUACUGUUGGCUAUUUUUGUCCCGAAGCAGAGAAGAAGAGCGCUUUCGAACUGGUAGGAACAAAGGUCAUAGAAGCGCAGAAAAAAUGGAUGAGUAAAGUAAAGCAACAGCUGAACGUAACAGAGGAAGUGAUGAUGAAAGGUUUUCGUCUGCUUCAACUCGUAUUGUGGGGAGAAAUUGAAUUGGAUCUGGAAAAAUGCGAAGACUCCCUCACCAAGUAUUUGAUCGAUGGAUGCCAUGUGAGACGUAUUUGUCCGAAUGGAAAAAUUAAAGUCAUCAUGCACUUGAAGGAUAUUUACGUCUUUUACCUUCAAGCGUUUUGGUUUAUCCUCAUAAUGACCAUAUUGGUGGCGCUCCAUUUGCUGCUGAUUACUCCCGAGGAAAAGACGUAAGCUCAAUGAAAAAUUUCAACUGUGAAUCUCCCGCAACAUCGAAUGAAACUUUAAAAAAAUAUUUGGCUCGGAAGAUUCUUCAAAAUUUUUAUAUUUAAAUUGGAAUAAUUUCGUUAGAAAUAAAAAUUAUAAGAUCAAGAUAAAUACCAAGCUCGUCCAAGAUAAAUACCACAUUAAAAUGGAUUUUUAUAAAUAACUAACCAGCCGUUGGCAAUAAUUACACCAUCGAAUUUGAGAUAACAUCUUCUAUCUUCUAUAAUUCAUUAACCU